CUGGCAUGAUGCAGGCAGAGCAGUAGAGACUUCCAACCACCUGUCUUCUGGAAUCCAACAGGAGCCUAUUCACUAUUAAAACAAGCCCUCGGAGAGGAAGGGCAGAACCUGUCAUUGGGAUCCCUGGAUGCCCGCCGGUGCCCUCACCCUGGCCGCACACGCAGACUCGAUGGCCAUCAGCUGACCCUUCACCCCAGUAUGAUGGUGAGAGAGCGACUUCGGCAGAACAUCUCGGCCGCCUUCUACCGGCACGGCCUGCUAUGUGCCUCCUACCCGGUCCCCAUCAUUCUCUUUACCUCUGCCAGCAUUCUGACCUGCUGUUAUCCUCUGCUGAAGCUGCCUCUGCCAGGAACUGGGCCUGUAGAGUUCACCACUGGAGUACGGGAUUAUUCUGUUCCGUCCCAUGGGUCUCAGGUUGACCUGUCAGAGCGACCUGAUUGGUAUCAGGGUCCUCCUGUGGCCUACAUCCAGCAGGUGCUGGUGAAGGCAGCAGUCUCACCGUGGGACAACAGUCUGGUUCCUGUGGAUGUGUUCCGCUCUCCCCUGGGCCAUGUUUUCAGUCUUCUGGAGGAGAUCAGAAAUCAUGUUUACACAGACAGAAGUUUGGAGGCUCUGUGUUUGCAGGUGACGGACCUGUUGCCAGGGUUACGACGCAUGCAGGCUAUUCUUCCAGAGCACGGCUGCCUGCUGGUCUCCCCUGGCAACUACUGGCAGAAUCGGCGUGACCUGUUUGAUGCAGAUCCAGACCUCCUGAAGACAGUCCACCAACAUGAACCCAAAGGCCUUCAUACUUCAGCCACCCUGAGAGACUUGCUCUUUGGUGUACCAGGGAAGCAGACGGGUGUAAGCUUGUACAGCAAGAAGAGAGUGGUGACAUACACCAUCACGAUUGCACUAAGCACCUACGAAGCAAGGUUUGUAGCCAGCCUCCGAGCCCGCCUUAAACAGAUUCACCCUUCAGUGAACUGCAGUCUACGAGAGGACCACAUGGUGCAUGUCCAUUUCAAAGAGGAAAUCGGCAUUGCUGAGCUCAUCCCUCUAGUCACCACCUACAUAAUCCUUUUCGCUUAUAUCUACUUCUCAACACGAAAGAUCGACAUGGUGAAGUCCAAAUGGGGCUUGGCUCUGGCUGCUGUGGUUACAGUUCUCAGCUCUCUGCUCAUGUCGGUGGGACUCUGCACCUUGUUUGGCUUGACACCCACACUUAAUGGAGGAGAGAUCUUCCCAUACCUAGUGGUGGUAAUUGGUUUGGAGAAUGUCCUUGUCCUCACCAAGUCUGUUGUGUCAACUCCUGUCGACCUUGAAGUCAAGCUGCGCAUUGCUCAAGGUCUAAGCAAUGAGAGCUGGUCCAUCAUGAAGAAUAUGGCCACUGAGCUAGGCAUCAUUCUCAUUGGAUACUUUACUUUAGUACCAGCAAUUCAGGAGUUCUGUCUGUUUGCUGUGGUUGGUCUGGUGUCUGAUUUCUUCCUCCAGAUGUUUUUCUUCACAACUGUGCUGUCUAUUGAUAUCCGCCGCAUGGAGUUGGCUGAUCUGAACCGGCGUCUCCCAGCUGAAGCGGGGAUGCCACCUCCUAAACCAGGCCACUUACGUCCUCGGGAGAUGCCUCCCCCACCUCGCCCCUCCCCCCACACGAUCACCCUGCAGGCUCCAGCCUUCAGGAACCUCCGCUUGCCCAAGAGGCUUAGGGUGGUGUACUUCUUAGCCCGUACUCGCCUGGCACAACGAAUCAUUAUGGUCGGAACUGUGAUCUGGAUUGGGAUUUUGGUCUACACGGAUCCUGCAGGUUUGAGGACUUUCCUUGCUGCCCAGGUGUCGGAACAGAGCCCUCUUGGGGAGGCAGGGCUUCCUCAUAUGGGUGUAGCUCCAGUAUUCCCUGGUGGAGACCCAACCAGCACACUGAGUGUACUUCCUGCCCCUGAGCCCACCCCUUUACCUGAGAACCAAUCCCAGGGUCACCGUGCACCCCGUCCAGGAGCUGUACCUGUGUCCAGCCCACAGAUCACAUGGGGCUCUGAGGAUGAGGAGCUGUGGAGGCGGCUUUCUUUCCGACACUGGCCCUCACUGUUUAGCUAUUACAAUAUCACUCUGGCUAAGAGGUACAUCAGCAUCCUGCCAGUCAUCCCCGUCACGCUGCAUCUCAGCCCGCAGGAGGCCAUAGACACACGCCACCCACAGGAUACAUACCACCCUCCUCCCCCCAGCCUCAAGACCCCCGAUCUGCAGAUAGAUCUCACACUCUACAAGGUGGCAGCUCUUGGACUUUUCGCCGGUGUGAUGUUAGUGCUAUUACUCUUCUGUCUGUAUCGAGUACUCUGCCCUCGAAACUACGGACAGAACGGGGUGCCUCAUGGGCGUCGUCGCCGUGGAGAUCUGCCCUGCGACGAGUACGGCUACUCGCCUCCGAUCAGCGAAAUCUCCCCCCUGCUGCUGAGAGGCCACAGCAUGGACAUCGAGUGUCUGGCCAGUGAUGGCAUGCUGCUGGCCAGCUGUUGUCUGGUGGGACAGAUUCGUGUUUGGGAUGCACAGACAGGAGACUGUCUUACUGUUAUACCCAAAAACAGUCUGCGCAGAAGCAGCGGUUGCUGGGAGCACCGUGAUGGCUGGGAUUGUGAAGCUGAUGGCAUCCUGGGGGCGGAGUUUCGUGAGUUUGGGGGAGGAGCUCUAGGAGGGCCAGAUGUUGAUAUUUUCCCAAUAAGGAGGAGGACCACCACCACACGCCCUGCCCUAUUUGGGGAUCAGCCGGACCUCACCCCACUCAUUGACACCAACUUCGGCCCAUUGCCCCCAUGUCAGUCUGUGAGCAGCUCUGGCUUUGACUUCGGGAAACUGGUGGAGAAGGCGUACCAGGAGCAUGAAACCUCUCCCACACUGGCUUUCCCACCUUCUCCCCCGGCUUCUCAGCAAAGACGACAAAGCCUGAGAGACCAGCCCAUCAUGCCACCAGAGCUUCCCCCGCAGAGCAGUGGAGACUGGGACAGCUCAGUGUGGGCCAUGGAGCUGAGGGGCAACCUUAUUGCCACAGGCCAGAGCAGCGGCAAACUGGAGUUGUGGGAUGCAGUAGAGGGAUCAUUACGGUGCAGUAAUGAAGAUGGAGUAUCAGGAAUCACUGCCUUGGCUUUCCUUAACAACAGAAUUGUGGCGGCCCGUUUGAAUGGUUCAUUGGAUUUCUUCACGGUGGAGAUCAGCAAGCCUCAUGGGUUGCUACAGUAUCGCGGGCCUCCAGGCCGGGGCAGUCUACCCCCCUCCCCCUGCUACAGCAGUGAGGAUGUGAUCAGCUGUCAGCUUACGCGCUCUGUGCAGUGUGCCCACCAGAAACCCAUCACUGUGCUCAAAGCUGCCGUUGGCAGGGUGGUCACCGGCAGCCAGGACCAUACAGUCAGGGUGUAUCGUUUGGAGGACUCUUGCUGUCUUUUCACCCUGCAGGGCCACUCAGGUGGCAUUACUGCAAUUUACAUAGACCAGACCAUGGUUCUAGCCAGUGGGGGCCAAGAUGGUGCCAUCUGCGUUUGGGAUGUCCUAACAGGCAGCCGCGUGAGCCACGUGUAUGGUCAUCGUGGUGAUGUCACCUCGUUGGUUUGCACUACUUCCUGUAUCAUAAGCAGUGGGUUGGAUGACCUCAUUUGCAUUUGGGACCGUAGCACAGGCAUAAAACUGUACUCCAUACAACAGGAGGUUGGAUGUGGUGCCAGUCUGGGUGUGAUCUCUGAAAGCUUGCUGGUGACGGGAGGCCAAGGUUGUGUGUCGUUCUGGGACCUGAAUUAUGGGGACUUGCUGCAGACGGUGUACCUGGGCCAAAGCAGCGAGGGCCAGAGUGUCAGGCAGCUUCUGGUUCUGGACAAUGCCGCCAUAGUCUGUGACUUUGGUAGUGAGCUCAGCCUGGUCUACGUGCCCUCAGUUCUGGAGAAACUGGACUGAAAUAUACACACCAGCCCACAGAUUUAGCUCUUUGAAAAAUGCCAAGAGUGGUCAGCAUGAAAGCACUCGCCCUUUAACCUGUAUCACGGCAGGUUUGUUUCAGACGUGAACAGCUAUUUUUGUUGUUUCUGGUGUCCUCUCUACUUGGUAGGGAGAGCGGUUAUGGUUGAGGUCUUCUGUCUCAUCUGAAGAGUUAAGCAUUGAUUGUAUCUUUUGUUGUUUAACAGGCCUCUGGUGCUCCUUCAGAGCAUUUUGUACUUUUAAUAGAACAUGGCUCAGUCAUACAGAAUGUUCUGACCUUGAGGGUAGUACAAAAGCUGCUGGCAGUGAGAGGUGAGUGAGUGAGUGAGUUAGCAAUCUCGCGGUGAGUUUGCAAUGCUGUCAAGCUCGGUAACUCGUGACUGUGUGACAGCUAGAGAUUCACAAUAGAGUUCACAAUAAUGUGUGUGCAGGGUAAAGGGAGAGGAGUAACAGAAAGAUUGUUGUGACAAACAAAAAGCAUAGAUUUUUCUUAGCAAAACACUGCUGAAAGAAAUUUAGUGCAACUGUUUGAAUGAGUGUUUACGUGAAUGUCAUAGAAACAGUCUGGGUCAUAUUUCACCCCAUAUUCAAAUGAAAACAUUAGAAAUUAUAUGUUGCAUUAAGAAAUUAAGCAUUAUUUUUAAGUACAGUUAAGAUAUUUUGCAUUGUGACAUUGUUUUCAUGACAAAACACAAUUGUAGCCUACAUUAAUGCACAAUAAAUAUUCUCAAUACAAUAUUGCGUGGGGAAAAAAUUAAAUAUAUGUUUACAUUUUAAACUGCAUUUAAGUACAUUUGUAAGUAUACAUAAUGGUAGUAUUUGUUGUACUGAAUGUACUUUAUGCUUUUUUUCAUUGUGUCUAGAUAAUUUUUAUUAAUGUAUUACAGUAUUGAGAAUUCAUUUUUUGUUUUGCAUAUCAGUAAUUGUAAAUGGGGGCUUCAUUGUAAAAAGAAUGUCACAAUGAAACAAAAAUUUUAAUAGUCCUAAAAAUAUAUAUUUUUUUCUUUUCUUUUUUGCAAAAUAUAUAUUUUUCUUUUGACAUUGGUGUGAAAUAUGACAAGGACUUUGGUUCGUGAGAUUUUCACAUUUCUGUGAGUGGUUGCGUUUGCAAGAUUGUCAGAAAUGCAUAUUGUAGACAUCUGAAUCUCGGGGGUGGGGGGGAGGCAGUUUUUAAUAUUAAAAUCAAUUAUUUAUUAGUGAAACUUUUUAACAAUUUGUAUGAAACUUGCGUAUAGAUAAGUUAAAACGGAGAGUGGAGACGUUGUCAUAAAUUUUAAUAUACAAAUGAAAAGGCUUUGACUAACUUACACCUUAACAAUAUGAUUAAGUCAGUAACUGACAGACAGGAUGCAAGUUUUGGCAUUAUUUCUGUUCCCUUCCUAGGGCAACAAGAUGGGUAUAAAUUGAAAAGAGAGGGGAAUAGUUGUCAUUCUAAUCCUGCUUUAAACAUAUAAGAGAAUGUAUCUUCCUGGACUGAAAUCCUAAUGAACUUUUAAUACUGUUAAUUUCCACCUGUAAUUCAGCCAUCAUUACAAAUCACCCCAAAGUCAUUUUAACAUAAAUACAGCAGCAGUUCGAUUUCCCUUUAUUCAGGAAAGUGGUGGAUAGGGCUGCUUUUAAAAUAAAAAAGUGAAUAUAAAAAGUGGUUUACAGGUUUCAUUUAGAUUAUGUUGACCAUUAGUUGUUAAUGUAUUUUUUGUGGCUCUGUUUGGACAUAUAUGGAGAAAAACAAAUUAAUCAAAUCCAUCCCUGCAGUACCCACACAAAUGCAGGCGUUUGGUCUGGCCUGUUUAAAAUAAUAUAAAUUAAAAAAAGAUAUUAUUACGUAUAUGCUAGUAACGGGACAGGCCAAAUACAUGUGUUAGAACUGAAAUUUAAAUAAGCAUUAAAAAGCACUGAGAUACUAGGUUUAUUUUGUAUUCUGGCAAAAUGCAGUUUUAGGUGGUUUGUAUUACACUUUACAACACCAAAUUGGAGCCAAACCUAAUGGGUUUCAUAGGAUUUCAUAUUUUUAUUAACUGGACUCUAAUUUCCCCUGCAGUUUUUAUUUUGACGGUUAUUUAGCAAAUUACUACUAUUGUCUGCAAACCAUUUUUCUGUUUAUGUGGGGCAUGUCAACAUAAGUAAUUGGGAAUGCAAAAUGGCUUUAAAAGACAUCCAAGUCAAUUUUUAGUCAUGUUCUAUUAAUGUAAAUAUUAGAGAAUACUGAUGAGAGAACUGUUGUUUAAUAAGUACAAUUUAUAAACUACAUUCUUAAAACCAUGUAAUACUUCUGGUCUUUUGUUUUGUUGAGGGUUUUGUUUCAUGUAUCCUGCAUAUAUUUUUUCAUUGGGUAUGCGUUUAAUUGUGGCAUUGAUAUGGCUGAACUUUCCCUUUGAAUUUUUGACAAACGCUUACAGGUAGAGCAACAGCACUCAAAUGUUGUUUAAAAACAAGAGAAAUGGUCAAAAGCAAUUAUUUUCAUGAAGUGAUAUUGUGUUAACAGUUGUCACUAAAGAACAAUACAGAACACAUGUAUGAAUAGCAGCUCGUAAUAUUCCAGAUCUAAUUUUGUGAGUGGCUGGAGCAUAACUAAUCUUUUUACAACCUUGCGCUUAGUGCAUCAGAUAAAUGAGAUUAAUCAUUAACCACAUGAUCACAAAGUACUGGGACAGGACAAUGGAUUAUAAUCAUUUCCUUGACCAUAUUGAAAAACAUCACUUCCUCGUUGGCAGGGGCACUGUCAAAUACAAGCCAGCCAUUUGUAUAUUGAGAGGAGUGAAAUAGAACCAUUGUGUUCAUUUCACUACUCUCUCUCUCUCCCUUCGCAGAAGAGCACGUUCCUAGAAAUUAUUUGAUGUGUGCAGUAUUAAAGUAAAAUUCUGCUCUCAUCUUGCUGUAUCUUAAUUAUUGCUGCGGAUGUAGAAAUGGAUUGGAUGAUGUUUUAUGUGAUGUGAAAUGCCUGAAUGUUUAUUAAGAUUGGGAGGGGGCAGAGAAAGACUGGGUGUAAAUAUUUUUUGACUUUUUUUGGGCCUGCUCUGCCCUCUUCUCCAUCUUUCUCAAAUACACUAUACAGUGUAAGCAGACAGUAGAGGAUGUAACUAAUGCUCUGUUCUAUUUUUAACACAUGAAAAAAAAAAAACAUUUGUACUAAUUUGCAAAUAAAAGGGCUUUGAUACCU